GGAAGAACUUGGCGUUUGUGGGGACGAUGCCUGAACAGGAGAGACAGGUCACAGCCAAAGAGGCCAGUCAGAAAGUUUCUAGGAGGACAGGUGGCCAGAAGGAAGCUGUGCCUGGCCUUGGGAGAUGAUUAGGUGCUGAGUUCCUGGAUGCACUGCUUGCUGUUCAGGACUGUGGAUUGUGCUGGGGCCUGCAGUACCCCAUACCUGUGCCGGUUAGGUUGGGUGGAGAUAAACAAAGCAAAUAGGUCCACAGCGGCCCCAGGCUGGCUGCAGACUGAAGACUGCCUCUCCGUGCCUGCAGUUUGUCCAGCUGGGAAGGCUGCCUGUCCCUGCUAAUGAGCAAGACCCUUUGAAAGCAUUUUCCUCAGAGCACCAGAAGUGUGGUGAAGCUGAACUUCGUUAGUGGGAAGGGAAGGAGUGACGAUGGACCUGCCUGUGGAGAAAGCUCAGGGCAAGGUGCAACAGCCUCGGGAGCGAUCUCUCCUGGCAACUCUGAGUAACCCACAGGUGACAUUGCUGUCCGUGAAGAAGAGGUGCUCCUUCAGGAGGAGCUUUGGGCUGGGGGGCUCAGCCAGACCGGAGUCUUCGGAGAACAACUCUCCCCGGCCUGAGGAAGAAUUGUCACCGGGUGUUUUAACCAGAACCCUGGAAAGGAGUUCCCAGAUCUUAUCUAAACUUGGUUUGCCUGCACGUCCCUGGGAACACGCAAUGAAGCAGAGCUUCGCCUUUGACAAUGUUGGCUACGAAGGGGGUCUGGACAGCACCUGCUCAUCCGCAGCCAGCACCGGAGUGGUUAGCAUCCUAGGCAUGACCUGUCAUUCUUGUGUCAAGUCCAUCGAGGACAGGAUCUCUACCCUGAAAGGCAUUGUGAGCAUUAAGGUUUCUCUGGAACAGGGCAGCGCCAGUGUCAAAUAUGUGCCGUCAGUUACGACCUUGCAGCAGAUUUGCCUGCAAAUUGAGGAUAUGGGCUUUGAGGCCAGCACUGCAGAAGGAAAGGCUGCCUCCUGGCCUUCCAGGUCUGCCCCAUCCCAGGAGGCAAUCGUCAAGCUCCGGGUGGACGGCAUGACCUGUCAGUCCUGUGUCAGCUCCAUCGAAGGCAAGAUCCGGAAACUACAGGGGGUUGUGAGAAUCAAAGUCUCCCUCAGCAACCAAGAGGCAGUCAUCACCUAUCAGCCGUACCUCAUUCAGCCGGAAGACCUCAGGGACCACAUCUGUGACAUGGGAUUUGAAGCUGCCAUCAAGAACAGAACAGCCCCCCUAAGGCUGGGACCAAUCGACAUCACCAAGUUAGAAAGCACUAACCUAAAGAGACCAACCUUUUCUCUUAACCAGAAUGCCAAUAACUCUGAGACCCCAGGGCCCCAGGGAAGCCGCACGGCCACCAUCCAGCUGAGAAUAGAUGGGAUGCGCUGUAAAUCGUGCGUUUUGAAUAUUGAAGGAAAUAUAGGCCAACUCCCAGGGGUUCAAACUAUUCACGUGCUCUUGGAGAACAAAACUGCCCAAAUACAGUAUGACCCUUCUUGUAUCACCCCCACGUUGCUACAGACAGCUAUCGAGGCGCUACCACCUGGGCACUUUAAAGUUUCUCUUCCUGAUGGGGUAGAGGAGAAUGAGCCUGAGAGUGGUUCUUGCAGUGUUCCUUCCCCAGGCUCCUCCCAGAGCCAGCAGGAGCAGGGCCCAGGCAGUACCUCGGCCCUUACCAUCACUGGCCUUACCAGCGCGUCCUCCGUUCAGACCGUUGAAUACAUGCUGGCCCAGUGGAAAGGUGUGCAGCAGAUAUCCAUCUCUUUGGCAGAAGGGACUGGAACAGUUCAUUAUGAUCCCUCAAUGGUUAGCUCAGAUGAACUCCAAAUGGCUGUAGAAGACAUGGGAUUUGAGGUGUUCGCGAAUUCUGGAAACGUUCCUAUUAACCAUGUCAGAAACUCCAUCCCUGGGAACUCUGUGCCACAAACCGUGGGUGAUAUACCGGGGUCUGCGCAAAAAAUGGCUUCUACAAACCACGAUCCUGGCCACUCGUCGGGUGCCCCACAACCCGUGGGGACAGCAGUACCACAGAAGUGCUUUGUACAGAUCAGAGGCAUGACCUGUGCAUCCUGUGUGUCUAACAUAGAAAGGAGUCUCCAGAGACAUGAUGGCAUUCUCUCUGUGUUGGUGGCCUUGAUGUCAGGAAAGGCUGAGGUCAAGUAUAAUCCAGAGGUCAUCCAACCACCCAGAAUAGCUCAACUCAUCCAGGACCUGGGCUUUGAAGCAACAGUCAUGGAGGACAACACAGUGUCUGAAGGUGACAUCGAACUGAUUAUCACAGGGAUGACCUGCGCUUCUUGUGUUCACAACAUAGAGUCCAGGCUCACGAGGACAAAUGGCAUCACCUACGCCUCUGUGGCCCUUGCUACAAGCAAAGCCCAUGUGAAGUUUGAUCCUGAAAUCAUUGGCCCACGUGAUAUCAUAAAGAUCAUUGAGGAAAUUGGCUUUCAUGCUUCGCUGGCCCCGAGAACUCCCAGCGCUCAUCACUUGGACCACAAGAUGGAAAUAAAACAGUGGAAAAAGUCCUUCCUGUGCAGCCUGGUGUUUGGCAUUCCUGUCAUGGGCUUGAUGAUCUACAUGCUAAUCCCCAGCAGUAAGCCUCACGAGACGAUGGUCCUGGACCACAACAUCAUCCCGGGACUGUCCGUUCUAAAUCUCACCUUCUUCAUCUUGUGCACCUUUGUCCAAUUCCUGGGUGGGUGGUACUUCUAUGUACAAGCCUACAAAUCUCUGAGACACAAGUCAGCCAACAUGGACGUGCUCAUCGUACUGGCCACCACCAUUGCCUACGCCUACUCCCUGGUCAUCCUGGUGGUUGCAGUGGCCGAGAAGGCCGAGAAGAGCCCCGUGACCUUCUUUGACACGCCCCCCAUGCUCUUCGUGUUCAUCGCCCUGGGGCGGUGGCUGGAGCACGUGGCAAAGAGCAAAACUUCAGAAGCCCUUGCAAAGCUCAUGUCGCUCCAAGCCACGGAAGCCACAGUUGUGACCCUUGGUGGGGACAAUGUGAUUCUCAGAGAGGAGCAAGUGCCCAUGGAACUGGUGCAGCGAGGUGAUAUCAUCAAGGUUGUUCCUGGGGGCAAGUUCCCAGUGGAUGGGAAAGUCCUGGAAGGCAAUACCAUGGCAGAUGAGUCCCUCAUCACAGGAGAGGCCAUGCCGGUCACCAAGAAACCUGGGAGCAUAGUGAUUGCUGGCUCUAUAAAUGCUCAUGGCUCAGUUCUCAUCAAAGCUACCCACGUAGGCAACGACACUACUUUGGCGCAGAUUGUAAAAUUGGUGGAAGAAGCCCAGAUGUCAAAGGCACCCAUUCAGCAACUGGCUGACCGGUUUAGUGGAUAUUUUGUCCCAUUUAUCAUCAUCAUUUCAACCUUAACAUUGGUGGUAUGGAUUGUCAUCGGUUUUGUCGAUUUUGGUGUUGUUCAGAAAUACUUCCCUAACCCCAACAAGCAUAUCUCGCAGACAGAGGUGAUCAUCCGCUUUGCCUUCCAGACGUCCAUCACUGUGCUCUGCAUCGCCUGCCCCUGCUCCUUGGGGCUGGCCACGCCCACAGCAGUUAUGGUGGGCACUGGGGUGGCUGCCCAGAACGGUGUCCUAAUCAAAGGAGGCAAGCCCCUGGAGAUGGCACACAAGAUAAAGACGGUGAUGUUUGACAAAACUGGCACCAUUACCCAUGGGGUCCCCAAAGUCAUGCGGUUCCUGCUGCUUGUGGACAUGGCUUCACUGUCCCUCAGGAAGGUUCUGGCUGUGGUGGGCACCGCAGAGGCCAGUAGCGAGCACCCCUUAGGUGUGGCGGUCACUAAAUACUGCAAAGAGGAACUUGGGACAGAGACCCUGGGAUACUGCACAGACUUCCAGGCGGUGCCAGGCUGUGGAAUUGGCUGUAAAGUUAGCAAUGUGGAAGGCAUCCUGGCCCACAGCGAUGCGACUGGGCACCUCAAGGGGGUAGGCCACCCUCCCACGGGAAAAGGUGAAGCCCCCCAGACCUUCUCCGUGCUGAUUGGAAACCGGGAAUGGAUGCGGCGCAAUGGUUUAAGCAUCUCCAGUGACAUCAGUGACGCCAUGACAGAUCACGAGAUGAAAGGACAGACGGCCAUCCUGGUGGCUAUUGAUGGUGUGCUGUGCGGGAUGAUCGCCAUCGCGGAUGCUGUUAAACCAGAGGCUGCCCUGGCUAUAUAUACACUGAAAAGCAUGGGUGUGGAUGUGGCUCUGAUCACCGGGGACAACCGCAAGACAGCCAGAGCCAUUGCCACUCAGGUCGGCAUCAACAAAGUCUUCGCUGAGGUACUCCCUUCUCACAAGGUGGCCAAGGUCCAGGAGCUCCAGAACAAAGGGAAGAAAGUAGCCAUGGUGGGAGACGGGGUGAACGACUCCCCAGCCUUGGCCCAGGCCGAUGUGGGCAUUGCUAUUGGGACUGGCACAGAUGUUGCCAUCGAAGCAGCAGACGUGGUUCUUAUCAGAAAUGACUUAUUGGAUGUGGUGGCCAGCAUUCAUCUCUCCAAGAGGACUGUCCGGAGGAUACGGGUCAAUCUGGUGCUGGCAUUGAUUUAUAACAUGGUUGGGAUACCUAUUGCUGCAGGUGUCUUCAUGCCCAUUGGCAUCGUGCUGCAGCCAUGGAUGGGCUCGGCGGCCAUGGCAGCAUCCUCUGUGUCUGUGGUGCUCUCCUCACUUCAGCUCAAGUGCUAUAGGAAGCCUGACCUGGAGAGGUAUGAGGCGCAGGCCCACGGCCGCAUGAAGCCCCUGAACGCAUCCCAGGUCAGCGUGCACAUCGGCAUGGAUGACCGACGGCGGGACUCCCCCAAGGCCACACCGUGGGACCAGGUCAGCUACGUGAGCCAAGUGUCUCUGUCCUCCCUGACAUCAGACCGACUGUCUCGGCAUGGUGGUCCAGAAGACGACAGUGGGGACAAGUGGUCCCUGCUUCUGAAUGACAGGGAUGAAGAGCAGUGUAUCUGAGAGCUGUGGGUGGCAGCUUGGCCAGGCCAAGGUGCUCCUCCUAGGUGAGCCUGCAUCAACUCAGUAUUGUUGAGCUGGCAGGUGCGGCCUCAGCAGGCAGCAGCGAUUGGAGGGGUGAUGGGAGCUUCUCAUGAGCCCUGAGCAUCCUUCCCAGCAGGGCGGGGUUAACUCGCCUGGUGUGUCUGCGGAGGCUGGGUAGGACUGCUCUGUCAGAAGCCUGCUGGGGUGGGCAAAGUGCACUCACUGCUCUCCCUGUUUUCCAUGAGGGCAAGGCCACCCGUUGCUUGGAUUCCAGUACCGGAGAGGAGACCAGUGCUCUUCGCAGAGCCCUGCCUGCUAUAAUUGCACGGACUAGUUAUGAAAUGAGAAACAGCCUCGUCAGGGCCAAGAGCCUAGCUGAGGCCCCCGGAGAGCUCCGUUCAGAGCUUUCCCACAAAGCCUGGAUCUCGGCAGCACACACAGGCCAUGGAAGCCCAAGGAUACCUCAGAGGAGCCUGCUGUUUUCUGCCUUGUGCCUGCCCUCUGUCUUCUGAGGGCAGAAUUCAUCUCUUGCGUCAGAUGCUGUGGCUCUUGCCUAUCCACCUGCCUAAAGGUGGCUCCCUGGAUUGCACCCCAACCCAAGAGCUACCAGACAUCCCUCUUUACUCUGAGGAGAGAGUUUCGUCUUGCUUAGAGCCACUUCUGUAAACUCACACAUGCUGCUCCCAGCCAGCUGGAGGGAAGCCUCGAGCCUGACCAGAGUCCAUUUUCCUGUGGGACCCGUGUCUUUGCCACCCAACAUACCCUAUAUACCUGUGGUGCUUAAAGCAGUGUCCCUUGGGAGUUGUAUGCCUAGGGAAACCUUGUCGCCUAGUGGGGUCCAGUGGAGUUCGUCACAAAUGCCUUGUGUGUUUGCCUGGAGGGAACUGUCCCAUCAGAAGAGUGAGGUUCUCUUGAGAGUGUUGUCUGCUGCUGAGGGCACAUCUAAGAGAGACAUCCACAGCUCCCCAGGGAAAAAUGCUUCUGUCAUCAGUGACUAUGUUUGGGUGGCAUCAGAGCUCAGGGAUGGUCCAGCAGACUGGCAGGAUCAGACUACUUUCAUCUGUGACACACAAAAAUAGUCCCUGUAUUGGAUGUCACUUAUUGGCCAGGGCAGUGUUAGGACUCUCUGCAGGUGACUCAUUUCUCCCCCGACCCCCAAAGUAGCCCAGUAGCUAUCUGCAUUUUAAAAACGAGGGCCUCAGGAGGGCCUCAGCGUCUUCCCAGGAACUCACAGCCAGCGUGCAGUUCUGGUGGCUCUGAAGGCUUUUCUGUGCUUCUGCUGCUGCCUUAAAUAUCAGUUUGCUUGCUGAGAGUGAACUGGACAAAUGUCCUUUGGCCUCUGGACGAGCAAAUGUGCCAGGUGCAUUAGUUGUAUCAGUUUAGAGUGCAGUUGGUCAGGAGGUUACUAACCCUCACCCUGAAAGGUUAGUUUCAGUUUUGCGUAUUAGUGUUUGCUGAGUUUUAUCUUCUAGAAUCCCAAGUGCAGGGAUUUGGCUCUCGUUGUUUUCAGCCCUCCACCCCCUCUCCAGCAACCUUUUCCAGAGACCUCCCAUCUCCACCCAUUCUGUCCAUAGCUUUGUUUUGGAAUAUGGUAAUCAUUUUCUGAAGAAUCUAAUCAUAUUGAUUUUUAAGCCUUCUAAGAACAUAAGCAUCAUGUUCAUAUGUAGACCGGAAAAUGUUUAUCUAAUUGUACAAAUAAAUGAGUGAAUGAAUAACGUA